AUGGCUCCACCAAGGCUUAUCUCAACCCACAUGCCUUACACUUCGCUUCCUACAUCCGUCAAGGAAUCCGAAUGUAAGGUCGUGUGCAUGGCUCGAAACCCGCUCGACACGUUCGUAUCAUUGUGGAAGUUUUUGACGCAAGUGUACGCGGAGUUUCUCCAACAAAUGACAAUGGAAGAUUAUUCGGAGAUCUUUUGUAACGGCGAUGAAGCGUACGGGCCGUAUUGGGACCAUGUGUUAGGGUACUGGAAAGAGAGUUUGGAGAGGCCUAGUAAAGUGUUGUUUCUAAAGUAUGAGGAUAUGAAGGGAAAUGGGAAAUCUGAGAUGAAGAGAUUAGCUGAGUUUUUAGGGUGUGGAUUUUCCUUAGAAGAGGAGAAACAAGGGGUUAUAAAGGAGAUUAUGAAACUGUUUAGCCUGAGUCAUCUGAAGGAAUUGGAGGUGAAUAAAAGUGAGAGAUUUGUGCCUGUAAUUGAAAACAUAUUGUACUUUAGGAAGGGUGAGGUUGGUGAUUGGGCUAAUCAUUUUAGCCCUAUUAUGAUUCAAAGGUUUGAUCAAAUGAUAAAAGAUAAAAUUGUUGGUUCUGGUCUGGAAUUUAAGAUAUAA